AGACGGUUACGUCAUCGGAGCUGCGCGUUGUUGCAGAGUCACUGCGACUGAAGGACUGUAAACAAGGAGGAGGAAAGUGGCGAUUAAUACACUUUAUUCACGACUCUUCGUUCAUUUUGUUACUUAUUUCUAAUACUCAUUAGUGAGCGAUUUACUGAAACAUAUCUUAUGAUUCACGUGUAGCCUGUAAAUAAAGCACGGGUCGUGUUUUCGAGGAGACACCACACGGUGCUAACAUUAGGAGCUAGCCUGUUAGAAACGUUCGCCUGCUUUAGCUGUCGCUAGCUUUGCUGGCGAGUCAACAUUCACGGAUCUGUCGCUGGAACCCCCUUUAUGCACCGGGCAUCUCUUUCUUUACCAAGGCCAGGAUAUCCUGAACCGUGAGUAUCACUUGUUUUGUGUGUUUCCUGGGUGUUUCUUUAACGAUUUAAAACCAUUUAAUGCGACGGUCUGUGAGCACUUAGCCUGUAGCUUAGCUGCUGAAGUAGCUGCUGGUGUUAGCCUGUGGGGUGUGAGUGUUUAUGAAACCCUCUGUUUACAGGCUGCUGUUACCAGGUAGACUCUACACAUGAUAAUACUGAGUGGUGGAGAAAGAGGGUGAACUCCAGGGGCUCAUUUGGACCUGUGUUAAAGUCGUGUGGUGUUAGACUCUAAAACACAACGUGAUGUUUUUAGCUUCUGAACGAUCAGCUGGUAGUGACUCAACACUGACUCUGACUAAAUUACCUGACAAAUUAAUGUAAUCUGAAGUAAAGGGAUGUAUUAAAUGUUACCUCUGUGAUUUAUGUGAGGUCCUUUUGGUAAUAGAUGGUUGGAUGAUGGCUAUAUAAGAAUUUGUAUUGAAAUAAAAAUGAUCGUGACUUAUUACUUCAGCACUUGUACUGAGGGAAGAUUGCACGUGUAUUUGUGUAUUUGACAGUGUAUUUGACUCAUGUUUAUUAUAAAGCUGAAAAAUGAGUACCGAUACUGCCAUACCAACACAUCCACAGGCUUUCAUCCACCAAUAAAACUAUUAUCACCCACUAAGUACAAAUGGGUAUUCAUAGAUGUACUGAAACCGAGUAAAGUGAUCUUAGCUGGUGAAGUUUUUAUGCUUUUAGUUUUAGUUAAUUAUUAGUUUUAUUAUGUAUGAGAUCAUCUCUUGCAAGUUGAAUUAACUUCAAAUAUGUCAUUUUUCUUCAUGUUAGUCUUUAACACUAGCUGGCUGUACUGUUGUUGGCCUCAUGUAACUGAACAGAAUGUUAAAGUUUUUCUUUGGCAUCUUGCAGCACCUGAAUAUUCAGAUACCAUUUCAAUUUCCCUGAUUCUGGUAUUUCUGAUUCCAUGGUUUUGGACUGUAAGGGGCUGUAUCCUUCAACUUGGCAGCACUUUUUCUGUAUUUGAAUUAAAUGCAAUUAAUUAUUUCAGCACUCGGCAUCCUCAGUGCAAUAGACGCCCUCUUCGUCAGCAGUUUUCUUUUGGUCGCUUCGCGCAUACACAAGUAUAAUUCAACCAUAGGAAGAAAACCUCACUUUGUAAUGUCACUUCACCAUCAAGAACAAAUCAGUAAAGGGCAGGAUGUCUGGGACACUGUCUUUGUCAACAACCAUGAUGGAGGUCCAUGCAGAAGAGGAAUUAUCUACACUCAACCUUUAGUUUAGAGGGCUGUGACUAGGGCUGGGCGAUAAAACGGUAAUGAUAUCAAAAAUUAAUUUCCCUCAAUAUCAAUAGAAAACGUGGUCAAUACGCUUUUCAAUAGCCAUUUCAUUCUGCCAUGUUUUGGUAGACUUGACAAGUAGCCAAUGAAAAGGGGAGUUGCUCAGGAUCCACACCCCGCUGAACAAAUCAUGUACUGAAUUAGAACCAAGUAGCAAACAACUGUGUAGUAGAAGGCUGCAGCUACACACAACCAUAGAACUUUAACACGUGCAGCUGACAGGACUGUCAGUGAGAAAAUAAGAAAAUAAGUGCUACCCCCGGCAGAAAUGCAGAUGAAGGUUCAAGGUCAGACAUGAAGCAGAGUAAUGUGCACUGCAAAUUUUGCAGAGUACAUGUUAAAUUUCAUUCAAGAGUAACAGGGAACAUUUAAGAUUGACAAGUGAUUUUUUUAUAUCAUGAUGGAUAUCAACUGAUAUAUAAAAAAUAUAUAUAUUGUGAUAAACUUUUUCCCAUAUCGCCCAGCCCUAGCUGUGACUAAUGUUACAUCAUGGUUUCUAUCAAAUAUUUUAAGGUUUUCUUUGCAAAAUGCUGUUCAGAGAAACCAAACACAAAUGUAAGGAGAAUUUUAUUGCAGACUUAGUUAGGCUGUGGGUGCUGCCAGCACAACACAAAUCAAACAAACAAACAAAAAAAAUAGGUAAAAGGACACAGCCCCUAAAAAAAGACCCCACAUUGGCCCAUCUUUUUUGUUGGAACAUCCAUUCAGACACUCAAAGUGAACUUUCAGUAGUAACAGAGAUUUUUCUGUUGAACUUUCUAGCUCUUUUUCACUCAGCUCCCUUUUCUCACCAAUCCCAAACUUUGUCCCCAGACAAUUUUAGGACAGUAUAAAAAAAUCUGAUUUUAUGUAUAUAUAUUUUAACCAAUGCUAUCAGAAACUAACAACAAAUGAGAAUCAAGUAUGUUACACAGCCAGGGGAUCCAUAAGAAAGCUGAGGGAUACCUUAAAGGAUGGUGGCAAUUUAGAAAGGGGCCCAAGGGAAUGUCAUGUAGUAAAAAGUCGUCAAAGUCAGUUUUUUCAUCACACCAUAAAGUUUCAGGUGGUUCAUAUUUUUGUAGCCCUUUGUGCCAGAUUUUUUUUUUAACAGUUUGACUUUCAUGAGAUCAAUUUUUAUUGAUGAUAAUAACCUUGAUACUGCCCCAGAGUUCAAUCAGGUGUUCUGAACAACAUCAUUUUGUUGAAGUUAAGCAGCCACUUCAACCACCAGAAGAUUACAACACAUUUACAAGGAAACUUCAAUUCAAUGAUGGUGUUUUAAAAAUCUAUCUACCAAUCCCUCUAAACUCUGUGUAUCCCACCAACUAAAGAGUGAAAAAGGAGAACAAUUCAGUGUCCUGGAAAAACUGUCCUGGUUCAGUGAAGUUGGAUUUGUAUUUACUUUAUUUCUUUAAUUUACAUCAUGAAAAACUGAUAAUUGAUGUCUCUGUUUUGCUACCGUACAUGAAUACUCAGGUAGCAGCACCUUGAACUCUAGUCUAGUCAAGGUUUCCUUUUCACAAUUAUGACUAAUGUUGGUUUAAAACUCGUUGAUGAUGAUUUGUUGUUGUUUUCUGUGUCAGCUGGGUGGCUGGUCAGAGCGGCCUCCUCCCACCAUGGAGGCAGGAGGGAAGGACUGUGAGGAGGAAACUCUGCAGACAGCAUUCAAGAAGCUGAGAGUCGAUGCUGAGAGGUAAAAAAAAACCUGCUCACGUUUGCUCAAAACGUAGUUUCUGCUGCUGUUGUGACAUGUUAGAAAGGCCAUUUUAAUAUUCAUUUACCACAAACUGUUUUAUACGCUACUGUCCUUCUCUGUGAAAAGUAUUGUUUUAGUGUUUGAUCAGGGUUUCUGUCAGUGUAGCAGUACCAUGUAUGUUUUUUACAUUUUAUAAUCUUGUGACAUACAGAUACAGACUCUGCACCUACAGCUGUCAGUUAAGUGAGCUGACAGACUAAAUUAGAUUAAUCCUGAGCACCAAGGAAGUGGUGACAGCACGACAUAUUCCAGUUAAAACUAACAUGGCAUGCAUGCUGACUGUUAUGGGACCAUACAUGAUGGUGGUGUUAAUGUUGGCAGGUAUUUGUUGUUUUUGUAUUUUGAUGCUGAGUGCCAUAAGUUAAGCUGUUUCUCUCGUCUCUCUCAGUCUACCUGGAGCUGUGAGCGUGUCAGAGGCGUUGGUUCCCAGAGCAGCUUCCAGAGCAUGUCUGGAUUCCAGCGGAGCAAAACCCAAACUGAGCUGCCCGAAGGACAACUGGCACAGGUAGGAUCAGGCCACCGUUUAGUGUGCACAACAAAUUUAAACUUAACUAGAUUGUUGGUCUGACCUUUUCCAGGAGGAUCCAUCAGGUCUGAUAUGUAGCUGGGAGAAAGGCAUUUGAGGGCUUUAAAGGUAGUCAGUAAAAUCUUAAAAUUGAAGUCAUUGAGUCAUUUUAGAGAAAGGAACAAUUAGUGAAGCCGAUUAAUUACAAAUCAAAGUUAUCCUUAACAUCAGAGACAGCUGUGUUUAAUGUUUGGCUGAAAAUGAGCCUGUAUUUGCUCUUUUCGUACAUCAGUAAGUUACUGAGGAUUGGGACUGAAAUGCUUUUGAGCAUGGUUCAAAGCUUUUUGAUUGACACCCUUUUUAAGUGAAUUGUGCUCUGAAUUGACUAAGCACAUGCAGACUCACACAGGACUGUGCUCUCUUAAAGUUCAAUUCUUCUUAAAUAAAUACAAUAACAUUUGGAUGCUCCCCUCGUGUGCUUUAAACAGUGCUGAGAGGAAGUACAUGUUACCAUUACAUCCCUCGAGUUAAAGUUUAAACUCUUAAAUGAUGAUGAUAAUAACUAUUUUAAGUCAUUUUCACACUCAUUUCCCCCUUCCUCCACUCUCUAUCUUUAGCUGUAUGAGGAAAUCUUCCCGAGGAGCAUCCAGAACUCAGCGGCGCCGGAGGUCCAAGUCUCCAAUUCUGCAGCCUCCCAAGUUCACCUACUGCAGCCCAACUGCACCCCCUGGUGGCUGCCUGAAACACCAGCGCCUGGCAGUCCCUGAGUCUGCAGAGCCUCAACCUGCAGCAGACGGAAGGUUGACCUCUUCUGUCUCCAUCCCUGCCCAGAAAGAGCUCCCCUCCACAGGCGCUUCCAGCCAUAUCUCCUCACUGGUUUUUGGAUCCUGUGCUGGUUUUGAGACACAAGAAAUCCCUGCUGUUGUUCCUUCUUUGGUGGCGUCAUCGAGGCAGGAUGGAGAAAGUUCUGCAGAGUCAAGCGAGGGGAGCUGCUUGGAGAAAAGUGCCUGUGGUGGAGUGGAGUCUGGAGUGAAAUCCAGACCUGCAGAAGCUGCUGACUUCCGAGCUUUAUCAGAGCUCCACAGCAGCAGCUCUGCAGACCGCCCUGUCGCUUCCUGCCCCUGCACUUGGAAGAAAAGCACAGAUCCCCAGGAGGAGAGUGGGCAGGGGGCUGAACCUCAAUGCCACUGUCAGUCCAAUCAACAAGGCUGGGCUGGCGUGGAGGUGUACUCCUUCACUGGGCUCCGAAAUGUCAUCUCUGAGUGCGAGAGGAGCCUGCCGAGCCUUGUUGACCCAGCCAGAACUCUCAGCUCCAGCAGUAACACAGCCACAGCUUCCUCACCGUCAUCAUUGUCUUCAUCGGGCUCCCCCCGCUCGUGUUCAGAGCAGGCCCGUGGCUACGUGGACGACAUCACGAUAGAGGACCUUUCUGGCUACAUGGAGUUUUAUCUCUACAUCCCCAAGAAGAUGUCACACAUGGCUGAGAUGAUGUACACUUAAAAGAUGAUAAUAUUAAUUAUUAUAAAGAGAAUUUUUCUGUUGUUGAGGGAAAAGGCAGCCUCUGAGGAAUGUCAGUAGUUGUUAGCAGAAUGGAUCAGGCAUGAAAGUUUUAAGUUAAAUAUCCAACAUUAACUGAUUUUAACCUGUUUUCCUGCCCUCUGUUUGAGCUUUCCUCUCAUUUGAACAGAACUGACAGGAACAAAUCAACAACCUUUAUCUCGUCAGUUCUGACUCUUACCUUCUUCCCUUUUUUUGUGCUAUGUUAAAAUUUUAAUUUCCAGUUUACAGAUGAAGUUGCCAAAGCUUGUGGUGCAGGCUCUUACAGAAGGACGUAUAAGUAGGAAUUUAUGCAAACAUGUAAAGCCGAGUGUUUGUGUCUGGAUUUAAUUUCACUCAAUAAAGAAAAAACUGCGCAAAUGUU